AUGCUUCUCAACAAGGCUUUCCUCGGCGCCCUCCUCGCCAUGGGCACAGUCACCGCCCUCCCCAACCCCGACGCUGAGCCCGUUGAUCUCGAGGAUCGCAGCAUCCUUCACCACUGCGGCAAGCACGCUUCCUGGGAUCACGCCAAGAGCGAGUGUGUGUGCCACGACUCUGGCAAGGUCUACACCAAGAAGCACCACAAGUGCAAGUGCCCCAAGGGCGAGAAGUGGCACCACAUUGAGAAGAAGUGCAAGAAAUAA